AUGAAGAAGGCCAAGAGACUCACAGAGCUUCACAUUCCCACUGGUGACUCCACUCCUCCUGAAGCUGCCCGGAAGAUCGAAUUGAAAGAAGAAGAUACCAACCUAACAGUCCUUCAGACGAUGGAUCCGAUGGACAUCAGCACUCCUGGCAUCGGGGAUUGGACAGCGCUGCAGAUGCAUCCUAUAUGCAAGGAUGAGCCGUGUCUGACGGAUUUUGAGGGAUUCCCGUACAAGUUCGAAUUCGAGGAGUUCAACUCCCGCCAAACCUUCGUCAACGUGAAGCUUCAACUGAAGAUCGUGAACAGAAUGAAAGUCAACUGCUCGGGUCCCUGGAUGAACACGAGGAAUCCGAUCUGCUCGAACGCGAAGGACUACGAGGGAUUCUAUCAAGAAUACCGGUCGUUCGUCAGUUCUUUGGCAGAGACCGCCAGUAUCCGGUCAAUUGACCCAACAUGA